CAAUUAAGAGGCGGAGGGAGCGCGAUCUUGAUUGCUCCUGCUCGUUCUGCUCGCUUCGGAGGUGGGGAAGGGGAGGGGGAGACGGGACGACGGGAGGGAAUUGAUUUUAGAUUUCUCUUUUAUGUCGGGUCUGGUUUCUGGUGAUUAAAUUUCUCUCUUCUGUGGACUGAACCUCGGGAUAACUGAUUAAUAACAUGCCACUUGGCGCCAACACGGGGUCUCGAGGCCUUUAAUCGGCAAGAUGCACAAGAGAACAGAGAGAAACACAGAGCAGGACAAAACUCCACCGACUAUUUCAGCCUGCUGCUCUCUGCCUCGGCGGAUUUUUUUUUUCCCUCCCCCUCAUCUUUUCAGUAUUUCCUGCUAAACUCGUAAACUUUAUUUGAUUUACAGCUAUUUCAUGAACCUGCUUAAACUAACAUGUGUUCCGUCUUGUCCGACUGAAUCAUAAAAACAAUCUUGGAUCCAAACGAGAUUUUUUUUUUUUUUAAAGGAAGAAACGAGUUAUUAAUGACAGAAAAUAGACAUUGUCUUGAACGGCGGCUCCUCGGGCCCCCGCAGUGCGGAGGUUGGUGGCUCCUGUGCCCGCAGCCUGCGGGGGGACCCGGGCUCGGCUCCGCAGGUCCCACCCGGGCUCCGGGGGAGCUUUUUUUGCGCAGAGAUUGGAGCGCUCCUUUCCCCUCUACAGAAUUUUUCGCUGGAAAUGAACGAUUUUCAAGCCAAAAUGAGCUGGUAAAAGCAUUAACCCGCGGCCCCUGCGGUGGCAGCCUGGCAGACACACAAGGGGCAGGUAAACACGCCUGGCUGCCCCCCAGAAGUCCCAGGCAGGAACGAAACCAGUUCCAAAAAUUUUCUCCAGUGGGGUGAAAGCAGGAAUUUUUUUGUGCCCAAAACCACAGGACAGAGAAGCAGGUAUCAACAGGAACUGUUGAUAACCAUGGAACAGGUAUAAAUCUAUAGGAUUGGAUGGAUGGAAGCACACGCGGGCUUAUAAAAAAAAAAAUCAGAUUUACCACACCGAGUACUGACACCACCCAAAUAUUCAGCCCCGAUUCCCACCUCUGCUUGUGUGGAAAAGCUCUCCAGGGAAGAUACCUGCUACCCUCAGAAUUAACUCCCUGACACUUCGGGAAGCAGGAUAGGGCAUCCCACUGCUCCCAGAUAUCGCUGAUGACCCGCGGGGCUCUGCCCCUCCAAAACCGAUUUCUCUGCUGCGCUCGGGUAGCUCAGGGCCCUGAAGCUGCAGUUUGGGACCUCACCCAGCCCUGGAACAAGAGAGGAAAUGCUAAUUUUUUUUUUUCUUUUCUAUUCCUCCUGUGAUCAUUUUUUUGGUAUUUAACGUUUUCUGAACACGCACACAAAAGAAAUCUCAAUAGCUCUUUGGGUUAUUGAUAUAAUCUGUAUUUUUCCCGCAGAGAUAAAAAUGGAUUUUAGGAUGCUCGUGAUACCGGUCCAAGGCCGAGCCCACAGCCACCCCCCGCCUCUCUGGGAGCGUCUCCCGCUCCCGAAAUUCGUGGAUAGCCGGGAAUACAAAGGAUAAUGUGGAUAUCCAGAGCGGCCGCGCUGCGCUGUCGUUCGGCGUUAUUUAGGGCAGGGGAAGAAAAGCGACCGGGGGCGAGAAAAGGGGGGGGGAAACAGAAAAUGGGGAAGAAAAGAGGCGAGAGGGCUUGGAAAGGAGAAAAGAGGGAAAGAAAAAUGAGUUGGAGAGAAAGGGAGGAAGAAAUUCGGCCGGGAUGAGGGAACUGGGGAUGCCCGGGGGUUCCCCCCGCCCAGGGCUGCUCUCCCCGGGAGAGCGAGGGAAGGAAAAACAUUCACAGGUGAUGCUUUGAGGCUUUUUAUCAGACACAGAAAAGAUUCAAACCCUGCGGGAUCGGGCUCCUUUUGCCACCCCCGCUCGCCCUCCAAGGUCAGGGCAGGAUCGCUCUCAGGGAGAGGCACGGGGCGCUGAGGAUUUCCCCUUUUUUGCCCCCAUUUCGUUUCUGCCCAGGCAGCGAAGAGAGCGAAGGCCUUAUCAGCUUUUAUUUUCUCCUCGGGGCCGAGAUGAGGCCCUGACUGACGCCCUGGUUGGGCAGAGCAGAUCAGCCCGGCCGUGCCCGCGGGGGGAAUGGAGCGGGGAUGCCCCGUGCCAAAAAAUCCCCCACGGCAAUGGGCACGAAGAGAAAUGCAGCACAAUUCCCUCUUUUCCUGAGCAACACUGGGGAAAAACUGGGGAGGGGGUGGUGGACCCCUGUCUCCCCGGAGUCCCCUCCCUGAGAGAUGUCUUUUGGAGGGAUCGGGGAGAAGAGAAUGGAUCCCUUCUGCUCCAUUGGGGAUUAAUUUGGGGAUCCUCACGCACUGCUUGGCAUCCAGGAGGAAAAGGGAUCUUCACCCCACGCGUGGGAGGUGCGGAAGGGCAGCGCUGUGCCCGCGCCUCGCCAAGCCCUGCCUCUGCCCGGCUCCUUCUUUUUCAUUUUCGUCACCGUUCCAAAGCCUGCAGCUCGCCUGGGAAAUUAAUGGGCUCAGGGAGGGGAAAAGGGUUUUAAUUGCAAUUUUUUUUUUCUUAAGGUAGCCAGAAGGGCGGGAAAAAAACCCCAACAAACUAACAAAAGCCAAAUCCAAAACAACCGAAACCACAAACUGUAAAAGAAAAAUGCUAUUCACCUGUAAUGCAAAAAAGGAAAAAAAAAUUUAAAAAAAAAAGAAAAGAAAAAGAAAAAAGCUCGAGCCAGGUAUCUACCCCCGAAGGCUCGUCUGAAGCAAUUCUCCAGCAAUAAAUACAGGAUUUUGUAAUGGAAAUAAUGACACCACAGAACUGUAUUGGUGGGACUUUCAUACAAAUAUUUUGUUGAUACCAACUCUCAGAUCAGUGCAGUCAGUCCCUGCCCCCACGACUGAGGGGAAAGAAAAUAGGAAACAAUUGGGAGGAAAAACCCAACACAUAUUAAAAAAAAAAAUACAAACCAAUAAGUGAAUGGACAAAAAUGCUUCCAGAGAGGAGGAUUAUUUUAAACACUUGUUUGCUCCCAGGUGCGUAUUUCGCCAAAGCGAAAAGCGGCCAACAAAAGGAAAAUAAAAGCAAAAAGAGAACUGGUCCGAGAGGGGAAGUAAAUUAUCUAAAAAUGGAAAGGAAAAAUAAUAAUCCCUGCUAGGAGGGAGCUGAUUUUCUCUGAAAAUAUGGCAAGGAGGAAAAAAAAAAGCGUCGGGAAGCCACAAGCGCUGAUGUCUCUGUAUUUCAUAAGCCGGGCGGCCGCGCUGCCCCGUCCUGGGCAGGACGAGGAGCCGCGAAAGAAAAGCAAAAGCCUCUUCGAUUUGGUUAAGCCGACCCAAAAAGUGAUUUUAAAGGGGUGUGGAGGGCGGGCGGGGGGAGAGUGAGUUCACGCUCGGCACUAUUUCUUACUGCUGACACCUCGACCCCACUGCGAGCCAGCACCCCGGCCAUCCCCCUCCCUGCAGCUGCCCGGGAAUUCCCGCAAGGAGAAAGCUCCGGGCCAGGGACACCCUGCAGGGGCCGUGCGGGGCUCCGGCAUGCGGGGCUCCCCAGCCGGGGCUCCCCGCCGCCCGGGGCUGCCCGGGCCGGGUCCUGCGCGCCCCAGGAGCUAAAAAACCGGGAGGGAGCCCGGCAGGGCUGCGCGGAACUCGGGGGGACAGGCACGGAGCAGCCACCCCCACGGAGUGGGGGAUUCGGCGAAGGAAGCUCGUAACAUGGCGGAUGGCGAGGAAGGCUUCGGGCUGCCCAGCACGCCGGCGGAUCCGGAGGCCAAGGAGCUGCAGGCCGAAGGCAAGCAGGACACGCAGCUGGGGGCCAGCAGCAAGUCGCCCACCUCACCGCAAGCAGCCUUCACCCAGCAGGGCAUGGAGGGCAUCAAGGUGUUUUUGCACGAACGCGAGCUGUGGCUGAAGUUCCACGAGGUGGGCACGGAGAUGAUCAUAACAAAGGCCGGGAGGCGAAUGUUCCCCAGUUACAAAGUGAAGGUCACUGGACUCAAUCCAAAGACGAAGUACAUCCUGUUGAUGGAUAUUGUACCGGCGGAUGACCACAGAUACAAAUUCGCGGAUAAUAAAUGGUCGGUGACAGGCAAGGCAGAGCCGGCCAUGCCCGGCAGGCUGUACGUGCACCCCGAUUCCCCCGCUACCGGAGCGCACUGGAUGAGGCAGCUGGUUUCCUUCCAGAAGCUCAAACUCACCAACAACCACCUGGAUCCCUUCGGACAUAUCAUCCUGAACUCCAUGCACAAAUACCAGCCCCGGCUCCACAUCGUGAAAGCGGACGAGAACAACGGUUUCGGCUCCAAGAACACCGCCUUCUGCACCCACGUCUUCCCGGAGACCGCCUUCAUCGCCGUCACCUCCUACCAAAACCACAAGAUCACCCAGCUGAAGAUUGAGAACAACCCCUUUGCCAAAGGCUUCCGUGGCAGCGACGACAUGGAGCUCCACAGGAUGUCCAGGAUGCAGAGUAAAGAGUACCCAGUUGUUCCCAGGAGCACAGUGAGACAAAAAGUGUCCUCGAAUCACAGCCCCUUCAGCGGCGAGACCAGGGUCCUUUCUGCCUCCUCCAACCUGGGCUCCCAGUACCAGUGUGAGAACGGGGUGUCCAGCACCUCCCAGGACCUGCUGCCUCCUGCCAACCCCUACCCCAUCUCCCAGGAGCACGGCCAGAUCUACCACUGCACCAAGAGAAAAGAUGAGGAAUGUUCCACCACCGAGCAUCCCUACAAGAAGCCCUACAUGGAAACCUCUCCAGCAGAGGAGGACCCUUUCUACAGGUCCAGUUACCCGCAGCAGCAGGGACUGAACACGUCGUACAGGACUGAGUCGGCGCAGCGCCAGGCCUGCAUGUACGCCAGCUCGGCGCCGCCCACGGAGCCCGUGCCCAGCCUGGAGGACAUCAGCUGUAACACGUGGCCCAGCGUGCCCUCGUACAGCAGUUGCACAGUGUCUGCCAUGCAGCCCAUGGACAGGUUACCCUACCAGCAUUUCUCUGCCCACUUCACCUCGGGGCCGCUCAUGCCCCGCCUGGGCAGCGUGGCCAACCACACAUCGCCCCAAAUCGCAGACACCCACAGCAUGUUCCAGCACCAAAGCUCUCACCAGCCCAUCGUGAGGCAGUGUGGACCUCAAACGGGCAUCCAGUCCCCUCCCAGCAGCCUCCAGCCAGCGGAAUUCCUGUAUUCCCAUGGUGUGCCUCGAACCCUGUCGCCCCACCAGUACCACUCGGUGCACGGCGUGGGGAUGGUGCCAGAGUGGAGUGAGAACAGCUAACCAGGGGGGCAGGGAAUGCCAGAGCCACGGGAAAAUCCCAGCAAACGGGAGAAGGAAAAGGAAAAGAAUCCCCCUGUUGAUAACAAAGCAUUUUGCAAGACUCCUUGAAGUGAAUGUUCACCGCUAGCACUCGAGAGGGACGGACACUGACUGAAACCACGGCUGGAAGUCAUCGGCCUCGGUGUGACUUGCCCUGACCCCCCUUUUGUUUUCUUUGGUUUCAAAAGAAAAGCCAACAGCCCAGCACACUUCUGUCCCUCCACGGUCCCACCCAGUUUGUGUUGCUGCCACCACCCUCGUCCCCCUCCCCGUCCUUCUGCUCUUUUUGUUCUCCAAGGGACACCAAACUCCUGCUGCCUUUCUCACCACGGUCAGAAUGCUUGAACGAGAACAAUUAGGAUGUUACUCUUUUUUUUUUUUUUU